ACGAGUUUGCAGGUUAUGUUAUGUUUGCUUAUUGAUUUUGUCGCUGUAUUACUAAACGUUUAAAUGCCGCAUUUAUCUUAAAGUGGUCAACAAGAUAAUCUUUCGUAUUUUGUAAUUUUUUAUAAUAGUCCCAUGUCCUCUUACUAUAAACAGGUUUGCAGUAAUUGUUCAGCUACUGAAAGUAAUAAUUGGAAAAAAGUUGAAGAGCUUGGAACAUGGGUAUGCAGCAAUUGCUUUGAUGAUAUUAUUGCAGAGAACGCCUCAAGUGAUGAGGAAGCAACAAGUCAGAUAACAACACGUAACACACCAAGAGUGUCAAGGAAGGCAAGGAUCUGUCCUCCUCAAACAUCAUCCACUCAUCAUGAAACUGCAAGUGGCCGAAGAUCGGUUUUCAAGAAGAAGAUUCCUCACAAAAAUACUAAAAAAACAUUCAUUCGUUUACAUCCAAUGAACUACAAAGCGAUGGUGGGGUUCUGUUCAAAGCUGGAGAUGUUGUGCGGUUUCACAUUAAUAAGCAUGAGUUCCGUUACGCACAGCUUAGAAAAUUUUUGAGAAUUUUUGAAGAAAAAAGAGCAUCUGUUUUGUGGCUUGUGCCUAAAUUUUGUACUGAUUGCUAUCCAGAGACAGACUUCAACCCCUUAGAUUAUGAGGCAGGAAAAGAGGACGAUCUCACUUACAAUUUGGAAGACAUGACUUUUGUUAUGCGUCUACCAACUAACUGCUUCAAAGAAUACUUGCAACGAGUAUAUCGACACGGAAAGAAUAUAUUAAGAUAUUAAGUAACAUUAAAAAAAUGGAGUCAGACCAUAUUUAGUGUUUUUCAGGCGACAACCCCAGGGUAUCCACAGGGCGGGAAAACCGGGAAUUGUAGGUGAGUUUCUUUUGGGCGGAAAACGUAUAGAAUUUUGUUGAAAUACAGGAAUUUGUUUAAACUUCCGUCAAGUAGCUAUGUUGAUAAUUUCAUAUUAAUUCAGGACAGAGUUGAAAUUAAAUUUAGCCGGUAGAUGGGUGGUGUAAAUGUAGUGAUUAUAUGGGCGAUACUGGUUGGUGUAUUGAUGUGGAUUUUUAUCAAUACUAUGCGUUUUUUUGGCACUGUGUAUUGAAAGGUUAUAUCAGAACGAGUAGGGUUUCUUUUGAUAUUCUAUUUAUAUAUUCAUUUGAGGUAUAGUUCCGUAUCUUGUGUAAGUUUUAUCGUUAUUGAAAUUAUCGAUAGUACAUCAAAUUACACAUAUGUUCUGAAGAACCUAAAUUGUUUUGUUUAAUUAUAGUCCAAUCAAUAUAGACAUGAAAAAGGGGGUGUGAUUGCAAUAUAUAUAUUGUUGUUCUGACUUUUUAAAAUUAUACAUAUGUUCUGAAGAACCUAAAUUGUUUUGUUUAAUAAUAGUCCAAUCAAUAUAGACAUGAAAAAGGGGGUGUGAUUGCAAUAUAUAUUGUUGUUCUGACUUUUUAAUAUAUUGUUUGAAUGCGUAAGAGAAG